AUGUGGAAAGCCAUUCAUGGAUGUCUUCCAGUAGAUUCCCGCAUCCGUGAUAUUGAUAUUCCUAUAGUUUCCCGUUGUGAUUGUUGUUUGAAUUAUGGUGAUGAGGACCUUAAUCAUGUUCUAGCGAGAGGGGAUUUUGCGGAAAAAAUUUGGAGAAUUUGCUCGGUUGUUCUUGGAGUUCCUUUGAUGGAAGGCAGCUCUUGGAGACAGAGGGUGGAUUGCUGGCAUAGGCGAGCGAGUAAUUCAAAUCGUCCUGGUCAAUUAUUUGGUCUUCUCCCGGCUAUUAUUACUUGGCAGCUAUGGGGGCGUCGUUGCAAGGCUAGGAUGGAAGAUUUGAGGGAAUCGGUUCAUCAGGUUUGGUGUUCUAUCAAAUAUUGGGUGUCUUGGAUAGCUUUAAAACUUAAGGAUGUAAAUGGGCUCACUCGUCGUGAUGAAGCUAUUUUAAGUUGUUUCACCUUGCCUUUAAAUUCCCCGAGGAAGGAGAUUGUCAUUCCGGUGACGUGGAAGCAUCCUAAUCCAGGUUGGGUUAAGCUGAAUGUGGAUGGAUGCUCUCUUGGUAAUCCCGGUUCGUCGGGUGCAGGUGGUAUUAUUAGGGAUUAUAAAGGAGACCUGGUUUGCGGGUUUGCUGCUGCAACUGGUCAUAAUUCUAACAACUUUGCUGAGGUGAUGGGCUUACUUCAUGGGCUUCGGCACAUUGAUCAGUUGGGUCUUCUUUUUGUGGAGAUUGAAAUGGACUCCAUGUUAGUGCUUAACUGGCUGAGAACUCAGAGAUGUGGCUUGUGGUAUAUGGAGGAUUAUUGGGAAGAAAUACAAAGUCGGUUAGCUAAUCGGCAUGUUUCUUUUGCUCACUGCUAUAGAGAAAGUAAUUCAGUUGCUGAUGGCUUUGCUAAAAUGGGUGCUAAAGGUAUAUCUGGUUCCUGGAGUUCAUUAUCUGAGUUGCCCGCCUCCAUUAGAGGUAAUAUUAGGCUAGAUAGAGGGGGCCUUCCCUAUAUUCGAAAAGUCCGUUGA